AUGGAUGUCUACAAGAGAAUUCUGAAACUCAAGCCUCGGUCAACCACCCCUACUGACCUACCCAUUAAGAUUUACAAAGAAUUUGCUCCAGAACUAGCCACCCCUCUCUGCUCAAUAAUAAAUGCAUCUCUCUCACAGUACUCAUGCCCUGUCGACUGGAAAACAUCAUUUGUCACACCCAUCCCUAAAACUGCCAGCCCACAAUCACUAAAUGACCUUAGGCCAGUCGCUAUCACACCCAUCCCUAGCCUCAUCUGUGAAGACUUUGUGUUUGACUGGGCAUACAACAAAAUCAGUUCCUUCUUAGACAUUCAGCAAUUUGGCAAUAUCAGAGCCACCUCUACCUCUCACUACCUAGUCAGCUUCCUUGACUUCAUUCAUAGUCACCUGGACAAACGGAACACCUCUCUAGCAGUCGCUUUUGUGGACUUCAAGAAAGCUUUUGAUCUGGUUGACCACACUGUUGUCAUUAACAAAGCCAUCAGUCUGGGUCUUCCUCUCACCUGA